GAAUGUUCAAAUAAAAACUUUGGCAGAUGAUGUGGUAAGGUUUUCAUGCGUGACAGAUUAACAAGUUUUAGAAAAUCAGCUGUUAAAAAAGAGAAACCUCUCAUUCAGCACCCUGAUUCUCAAACCUCUCUGAGUGAAUUUCCAGUUGCCCAACCAUUGUUUGAUGAACGUUGUAUGAAUUUAUCAGAAAAAGAAGUUAUGGAUCUCUUUGAAAAAAUGAUGGAAGACAUGAACCUAAAUGAAGAACGUAAAGCUCCUUUACGAAAUAAGGAUUUGACCACGAAACGUGAGAUGGUUGGCCAGUAUAUUUCUGCGACUGCUAAAUCUAUAAUUGGAAGUAAAGUUGCGGGAGGAUUGAAAAAUAGCAAGCAUGAGUGCACACUUUCUUCACAAGAAUAUGUCCAUGAAUUACGAUCUGGUAUCACAGAAGAAAAACUUUUUAACUGCCUAGAGUCUCUGAGAGUGUCUCUAACCAGCAAUCCAGUCAGCUGGGUCAACAAUUUUGGACAUGAAGGUCUUGGGCUUCUGUUGGAUGUACUGGAACGACUUCUGGACAAGAAACAGCAAGAAAGUAUUGACAAGAAGAAUCAACAUAAGCUUAUUCAGUGCCUCAAAGCAUUUAUGAAUAAUAAGUACGGGUUGCAAAGAACUCUAGGAGAUGAAAGAAGCCUUUUGUUACUAGCAAGAGCAAUUGAUCCAAAGCAACCAAACAUGAUGACGGAAACAGUAAAAAUACUUUCUGCCAUUUGUAUUGUUGGAGAGGAAAAUAUUCUGGACAAACUUUUAGAAGCAAUAACGACUGCAGCUGAGAGAAAUAACAGAGAACGUUUUUCUCCAGUUGUGCAAGGAUUGGAGAACCAUGAAGCUUUGCAGUUGCAGGUGGCCUGCAUGCAGUUUAUAAAUGCCCUUGUCACUUCUCCAGAAGAUCUUGAUUUUAGGAUACACUUGAGAAAUGAAUUCCUACGCUGUGGACUGAAGAAAAUAUUACCAGACCUAAAAGAGAAAGAAAAUGAAGAACUUGAUAUUCAGUUGAAAGUGUUUGAUGAAAACAAAGAAGAUGACUUGAUUGAAUUGUCACAUCGUCUCAAUGACAUCAAAGCUGAAAUGGAUGACAUGGAUGAAGUAUACCAUCUGCUUUAUAACAUGCUGAAGGACACGGCUUCUGAAAACUAUUUCCUCUCAAUAUUGCAACACUUACUACUGGUCAGGAAUGAUUAUUACGUCCGAACUCAGUAUUACAAGAUAAUUGAAGAAUGCAUUUCACAGAUAGUAUUGCACUGCAGCGGUAUGGACCCAGAUUUUAAAUAUAGAGGAAGAUUGGAUGUAGACUUUACCCACCUUAUUGAUGCAUGUGUGAACAAAGCAAAAGUAGAAGAAAGUGAACAAAAAGCAGCAGAAUUUUCCAAAAAGUUUGAUGAAGAAUUCACGGCUCGACAAGAGGCACAGGCUGAACUUCAGAAACGAGAGGAGAAAAUCAAAGAGCUUGAAACAGAAAUCCAGCAGCUACGAACCCAGGGUUCAUUACUGUCAGCUGGUCAGCCUACAUCAGGGGCUCCUCCUUCAUCACCUCCACCGCCACCACCUCCCUUACCUGGUGUAAUCCCACCUCCACCUCCACCUCCACCUCCUUUGCCUGGGGGAGGCGUACCUCCACCACCGCCUCUGUUUGGUGGCCCUCCACUACCGCCGCCUCUUGGGGGCAUACCUCCUCCUCCAGGAGCUCCAGCAUCCCUGCCUUAUGGAAUGAAGGAAAAGAAGAAGUAUAAACCUGAGGUCUCUAUGAAGAGAAUCAAUUGGUCAAAGGUUGAACCCCAGGACAUAUUGGAAAACUGCUUUUGGGUAAAAGUUAGAGAGGAUAAAUUUGAAAAUCCAGAUCUGUUUGCAAAACUGGCGCUUACCUUUGGUACACAGAUGAAAGCUAAAAAGGCAGUGGAUGAUACAGAAGAAAAGAAAGUAGUUCUGCCAAAGAAACGAGUUAAAGAAUUAAGAAUCUUGGAUGGAAAAACAGCACAGAAUCUGUCAAUCUUUCUGGGAUCUUUCCGAAUGCCUUAUGAAGAAAUAAAAAAUAUUAUUUUAGAGGUGGAUGAAAAGAAGCUGAGUGAAUCCUUGAUUCAGAAUUUGGUGAAGAAUCUUCCUGAACAAAAGGAACUCAGUGCCUUAGCCCAGUUAAAGCAUGAAUAUGAUGAUCUCUGUGAGCCAGAACAGUUUGGAGUUGUGAUGAGCUCAGUGAAAAUGUUACGGCCUCGCCUCAAUGGCAUCCUCUUCAAGCUUAUGUUUGAAGAACACGUGAACAACAUCAGACCUGGUAUAAUGGCAGUAACUCUAGCCUGUGAGGAGCUGAAGAAGAGUGAGAGCUUUAAUAAUUUGUUAGAGCUAGUGUUGUUGGUUGGAAACUAUAUGAAUUCAGGCUCAAGAAAUGCCCAAUCGCUGGGGUUUAACAUCAGCUUUCUUUGCAAGAUUAGAGAUACUAAAUCAUCAGAUCAAAAAACAACACUCUUGCAUUUUCUGGUUGAAAUCUGCGAAGAGAAUUAUCGGGACAUCUUGAAAUUCACAGAUGAACUGGAACAUGUUGAGAGUGCAAGCAAAGUUUCAGCUCAAAGUCUCAAGAGCAACCUUGAUUCAAUGGAACUUCAGAUCCAUCGCCUAGCAAAUGACAUUGAGAGUUUCCCUAAAACAGAAGAUGCACAUGAUAAAUUUGUGGAAAAGAUGACCAGCUUUACUAAGAGCGCCCAAGACCAGUAUGAAAAGUUGUCCAACAUGCAUAACAACAUGACCAAGUUAUAUGAGAAUUUGGGAGAGUACUUUACCUUUGAUCCCAAAGCAACAACUAUAGAGGAAUUUUUUGGUGAUCUAAGCAACUUCCGAACUAUGUUCUUGGAGGCACUGAAGGAAAACAACAAGAGAAGAGAAAUGGAGGAAAAGACCAAGAGAGCCAAACUGGCAAAAGAGAAAGCUGAACGAGAGAGACUAGAGCGGCAGCAGAAGAAGAAGCAGCUGAUUGAUAUGAACAAAGAAGGUGAUGAGACAGGAGUGAUGGAUAAUCUGCUCGAGGCCCUGCAGUCAGGGGCAGCCUUCAGGGAUCGCAGGAAACGAACACCAAGAAUGCAGGAUAACAGACGAGUAACUUUGGAAAGGUCACGUUCUCGCCACAAUGGAACUAUCACAGCUAUAUGAUUCCUCUGAAGCCAAAGAAUUGGAGAACUAUUUUACUUACUUUAAAAUGCAGACCCAUUGAAAAAAGUUAUACAUACAAACACCAGCAAUGAUCAGAAAUGAAAUUUAAAUGAAUUCUAGUGAAGAACACACCAGAAGAUAAAUACACAUUAUGUACUUCUAAGAGCUACUGGAAAAAAGAGGAAAAAAACCCACUGUACUUUAGUAACACAAUUAUCAGGAUUUGUAAACAGUGUUAAACUAUAAGGUUCUAUGUUAUCUUGUUAUCUAAUGUGUUACUUGCCAUUUUUAAGGUGGCAACUAUCUGAAGGGACUUGAGACUUCUAGGAAAUGUUCUAUAUGGAGCAGAAUUAGAAAAUAGAAACGUGCUGAAAAAAUGCUGCAACCAAGAAGAUCAGGUCACAGAAGGGAGACAUGAUUCCAUUUGUGGUUCCAAUUUGGACAUGAAAGGAAAAAUGAACAAAAAUUUGCAUAUUAAUGAAUUCAGAUAUGAGCUGAUAUUGCACACAUAGGAGACCUAUUUUGUAAGCAUGAGAAAGCAGUGUAUAGCCCCAAUCAAGUUACUUAGAAUCUUAUCUCAAGUUAAAGCUUGAUGGAUUUAGCUAUUUUGGUUGCAGUUAAACUUAUCAUAUAUCUACAGUUUCUGUGGUUUGAUGAUUUAUAGCUACUUAUUGUUAAAAACAAAACAAAAAAAGCAUAGGAUUGUACCAAAGUUAAACCGUAUCAAUUGCAUAAUAUGUUUUUAACUAUAUUUAAAGAGGUAUUUUCUAAUUAUGCACUUACAAAAUAUAUACUUUAUGCAGAUUUUUUAAGGAAAAAUUAUUAUCAUAUUGUAAGUAUUCUAAAAUUCCUUUGCCUUUGUUUAGCUUUUAGAGACAAACUACAUUAUGCAGCUGUUCAGGACUGCCUCUUUCUAAGUUUUCCCUUUGUUUCUCAGGUAAAAUACCCUCAUUUACAGUUGGAUCUUAGUGCUGGAGAGUAAGCAGAUAAAAAUUUGUUUUUUACCCUUCAGCCCUAAGCAGCAGUGACCACAAUCAUUAUAGCAGCCUGACCUUCCAAGGAAAUGCCUCCCACUUUAAUUUAAAUACAAGCCCCUAUACCUCAGGUGAGCUUAGUCUCUGACACUGCUUAUAUUGUACCAUUUAAUGGAAAACUACAGUACAACUACCCUUACAUCCCCAGCCUGAAUCUGAACGUGCGGCCUUGCUGGGGGUUCACUUUAACUUCUACCAAUCUUUGGACUCAACGGUUAUUGUUUUUAUGUCAUCACGAAUCAGCAUACUGUGUACAUUCCACAUAACAGGAAAUGGUACAAAAAAGUAGAUAUUCACUCUGCAGUUGAUUCAGUUUUGCCACCAAAUGGGUUGUAUUAUUAUGGAAAUUAUUAUUCCCUGAGGAUACUGGACACCUUUUUUCUAUGUUAUAAACAGUGUUUGAAAAGUAGGGCAGGCACUCUAUUUUCUGUGCACCUUAAUCACAGAAAAAGAGAAGCAGUCAUAUUUGGAAGCUAUAUAACUUUGCACUACUGUUUGAACUAAAAGUCUUUAUAUAGUAGCUUCUUUAUGCUUUGCUGGGUUAAAGACUUUCAAGAUUACCUGACUGGUCUGGGCUAAAUUCUUACAGUAUUGAAUUCAUUACAAGAAAAGGCAUUGAGCCCUUUUAGGUUCUCAUUGAAGUCAAAUGGGAAAAUUCCCAUAGAGUUAAAAGAGAGCAGGAUUUUUACACAUUAUUACAUUUCUCAACACAAACGUGACUCAAACCUAGUGAAAUGCAUGCUGUAAAAUACGACUGUAUCUAGUUUCCUUCUGGUAACAAAGUAAAGAGGUGUGUAUGUAUUUUAGAAAAAAAAAUUAAAACAUAAUUGUCUCCCACUGUUUCAGUAAGAGGCAGUCAGAAUUACAUUCCAUUUUGCAUAAGUUGACACUGGCUUUGAAUUGACGAGUCUAAUUUUUUAAAAAAUUUGAAGUAUUAAAUUCACCCUUGUGGAAAGGUGUUCCGUGUAAAAAGGCAAAUGUAAAGGAAUUAGGUCUGUAAUGGCUAUAUAUUCUAAUUUAUAUUUUCAUGAAAAAAAUGUACUGAAGCUCAAAAGUAAGAUAAACAAUUUACUAGGAUUUAAAGGCAGGAAUGUUGAAAAUAAUCAUUAGGACACAUGUGAACUUAACCUAAUAACCCACAAUGGAUUCUUUAUACUGUAGCACUAAUUGCUACAAGUAUAGUUUUUUUCAUUUCCUGGCAUUGUGUUUUCGAAAAAGCUCUGUACUAGCAGACUGCAGAUAUUUAAAAACCAAAUCCUAGCAAAAAGCAAAUCCAAAAAAGUAACAUUAUCUGAUAUUUCUAUUUUGCUAUACGAUCCUUUUUUCACAUUUGAAAAAUUUAUAUAAUUUAAUGGACAUAUCUGUUAGAAACAAAAGUGUGUUUCAAAGGAAAACUAGUUUAGAAGAUAAUUUAUGUAAAUGCAGGGUGCUUGUGUUUAUGAAGACUAAAAAAAAUUUCUGAAAUUAAUGCUGGGUCACUUUGUCUUUUGAUAGCUUUUCAGUCUAUAUGAAAUUGCAGCUAUUUUUAAUGUUCUUAUUAUUGAUAAUUGUCAUAGUUGUCACAUGUUUAUCUAGUAAUCUAGAAGGUAUGUUUAGCCCAGAAGUGCAGCACCUUUUUCGAAAUGGACUUGCCUUAUUUUCUAAUAUUAAAAAAGAAAAAUAAAAAAAUAUUUCAGUUAAAUUAUAUUUGCACUCAGAGUAAUCCCAGAAAAUAAAUCACCAGACCUUUUUUGCACACAUUAAAAACCAUUUAAGGAAUAUUACCUAAAGUUCCUACUAAUUAUAUUUUAUUAUAAGUCCCUUAAGAUAUUACAUUACAGCUACCACAGCACAUUGGUUUGUAUUCACAUUUUAAAAUGUAAAAGUAACAAAGGAAAAAACAUUUUAUGAUGUUAUUCUGUUUACAUUUCUUAGAGGUUUUUUUUUUAAAAAGGAAAUUAUUUGUAACUUUAAAAUGAAUGAAACUACAUUUGUAAGCCGAUAUGGAAAUUUAAUAUUAAAGUAAAAUAUAUAUGCAUAUAUCUAUUGCUUUAAAACUACUGACAGUAUGGGUCAGACUCAUAAAAGCGCUAGGCAUUAUUUACGCAAGUUUUACAACGUUAACUCAGAAAAAAGUGCAACACACCAUGUAAUGUAUCUAGUCUGUGAUUCUGCAAAUAUCCUUUCCCUGCACAUAAGUGACAUUUGUUUUAAAUGUUAACCACACCUUUGACUGGUGCUCAAGUCAAAACAAAUAUAAUGCCUCCUAGGACAUUAAGAAGCAUUCCCAAAAAUAGUGUUGCAUAAGUUUGAUCUGGUUUUGGACAUCAUUGGCCCAUAUGGCAGCAAUCUACAUACAUUUGCCUGUUCUUAUUUAAAAAUGCAAACUUUACCUUGUGUUCCUUUUUAUGAUACAGACACACAUCUGAUAUGAUAUACACACACUGUAUACGUUACUAUGUGAAAUCCACUGAAACCGUUGAGUUUUUCAUGGUUUCCAUCAAAAUCAUUGUUCAGCACAGGCUUACUUAAAACUCAUCCCACAAUUGAAGGAGGAUUGCAAAACUUGAAGAGAACCUGGCAGAAUUUCAAGGUGAUAUCUAAAGUUUUGAUUGGCUGCAGAUUUCAUAAGGAAGUUUUGUAUGGUUCUACUUGUGCAACUCUCAGCCACAGAGGACCAAGCUUAUACUGGGUAGAUAUAGUACUUCCCCCAUAGAAUAUUAUAUUGCUAGUUUAAAAAAUUGUAGUAGUUACAAUGGAGUCAAAAGUUGUCCUUACCCUAAAUUGCUAAAUGUAGAUCUGUAUAAUUUUUAAGAGCCGCAAUCUGGCAGAACUUGCCCAUGUUGUGCAGUUCACUCUAUUCUUGAGAAAGGAAUACUGUACUUGACACUGCAUCUUGCACAUUAAACAAGGACUUGCUUGAAUUGUGCUUAGUUCUCUCCAUGUUCAAACCUCUGCAAGUUCAGGCAUUCUACCGCCCAUUAGUAAAUCAAAUCACUAUUUAAGAAAGGUAGUAGUAGACACACAAUCCCACCUUUUAUGUGCCAUAUUGCAUUUGUGCAUCUUACAUAAUCAAAUGAGUAUUCCUGAGCCACAUCUCUUCUACUGCACAUAUAUUCCCUCUACUGUAAGACGAAAAAACAAAUUCCUCCAAAAUGCUUUGUGUUUGCAUAUUCAAAAACAUAUAUUCUUCCCUGCACAGAAAGGGGCAGUAUGCAUGUCUGCUGGUAAAUUCUACUGAGAGAGUGAGUCUCUCUGGGUGCCACUCAGUCCUCACUGAAGUCAAUGGAAAGACUUCAUUGGAGUGACUUCAGGCCCUCAAUACAAAUAACUUCCAUUAGUACUCUUUUAUAUAUAUACCACAAAAUAUGAACAUAUUAUUUUUCAAUUUACCUUAAUUCCACACACUUACCAUGUACCACUUUGUGAGAUUUCUGUUUUGGAGUCAGACAUGUAGGAUAAUGUGUCUCCAGAAGCCAAAAAAAUCCAAAACAGUACAAAUGAGGGAAAAAACCCAAAACUCAUGCACUUGUAUUUUUUAAUCGGUGAAUAAUGCCCAACUGUGUGUUUGUAUAUUAUCUUUAAAAUGUUUUUGGUGAAAUCGGAGCCUGGUUUUUAAUGAAUACAUUCUGAACACUGUAGCAAACUUAUAUGUCGAAGAUGAUUUUGUUAAGUUCUCUAAUGUUUACCUGUUUAUUACCAAUUGACCAAUGUCAACCUGAAGCAUAUCUAUAUUACAUGACAUAGCGGGGUAUGAAAGUUAUUUCCUAUUUUAGGGUGUUUUUUUUACUCUGAGGUGUCAAAUAUGUUUGUUUGAAUUAUGGGGAAUGUCGUCUUCUUUUAUGGAUGAAUUUAAAAAUACAAUAACUGAAAAAGAUUGUAUACUGUUUACUGGUGAUGCCAUUUUAAUUAAAAAGUAACAAUAAAAUGCAAUCAUUGAACACAUUAAAAUGGGUCCAUAUUAAACAGGUUCAAUAUCUUGAGUCAACCAGAGACAUUUCAUGAUACAGAUAUUAUAAUUCAGCUAGCCAGCCAUUGCUGGUAUUUUCCAAGUCAUUUACUUCACUCUGUCACAAAAUGGCCAUAUUGAAAUAGAAGCUUGACAGGACUUUUAGUCUAUUGUGCAUUAUGCAACUUAAUGAUACUGCCAUAGCAUACCGAAAUGACUUAACAGAAUAAAGAGAGGAGAUAGCCCUAAAUUUCUCCGGUAUCUCACUGCACUUCUAAGUAUGCAGGAAUGAAUAGGAUCAGCCCUGCUGAUAUUUUACAUAAGUCAUAAAAUAACCUAGUAAAUUUUGCAUCCAUAGUAGGAAAAAGAUAUACCGAGGAAUAAUUAAAGCCACUGGUUUAUUUGAUGACAUAAAUUGCAGGCACUUAUUUUAUUAUAGUGCAAUUGUAAUUAUUCUAAAAGAAAAAAUUACACAGGUUUACUGGGUUAGAGAUUUAACACACUAAAUAAAUGAAAACAUCUCGAUAAAGCAAAGCAGAUGUUAUCUGGAGAAGAUUAUAAUAAACAAUACUAGACAAAA